ACAGCCCUUGUCAGAACAACGAUAUAAUGACACAGCCCCCUCCACUCGAGUGUGGCUUUGAACAACCAUUAUACUCAUAUUACUCCGUACAGAAGACUACCAUACAGUUCUUCCGCCAAACGACCUCAGAAAACUAAAUCUCUCCCAAGAUCCUUGAAUCAAACACCAGUUUACCCUCCAGCCAAUCAUCAACAUGGCUUCUGAACUCCCAACUGGCGCCUUGAGCAACUUGGCAAGCUCAGUCAAGAAUAUUGUCACAGGCCAAACCGCCGAUGCGGAUGCACACACCAAGGUUCAGGCAACCCAGGUCGAGGCAAAGGUCGCGGCACCGGCUGCCAAGAAGGUUGACACAACUGUGGAGGCUCACCAUGAUGGCACAACAGUACACAAGGAGAAGGCCUCAGCCGUUGAGCAUGAGACAGUGAAAUCACACGAGCACGAGAAGGUGGAUACUGUCAUCGACAAGGAAAUCCACCAGGACCACUACCACACCACGAUUCAACCUGUCAAGGACAAGAAUGUCCUCCCCACACAACACAUUUACCAAGAUAAUGAGGAGGAGCGUGAGAUUGACCACCGCAACAACGCCGCCAAGAAGGAGGCUGCAAGAGAGGCUGCCAGCAUUCAUGAUGAGAAGGACGUCAAGGCUACAACACACUCGAAGGAGGUUGCCCCUACGCAAGAGGGUCAGCACAUUCACCACCACAUCCACGAGACUAUCCAACCUGUAAUUGAGAAGGAGACCAUCCAACGUCAAGUAGUUCACACCACCAACCACAUCCAUGAAACUGAGCACUUGAACGACGAGCACCAUGGCGCCACUGUGGCACCCGCAAUCACCAUGGCUGACUUCGAGAAGGGCAAGGGAGGGGCCACCGGUGCUGCCGUGACCGAGGGGGUGUUGAAGGAGGAGAAGCCCAAGGUCAAGUCUUCUGCUAGCGUCUCCAAGGAGGUCAGUAUGACUGACUUUGAGAAUGGUGUGGCCAAGGAAGAAUCAAGGAAGCGAGAGGCGCCUACGGGAGAUGUAGAUAUCGAGGCGGCCACGAAAGUUGGUAAGAUCGACGCCACAGAGGCUCACAACCCUCUCAGCCAAUGAGCGGGCGCCGGCGAUAGAGGACUAUACUGACGGCUUGUAGUCAAAAAGCAGAAGAAAAGCUCGAAUUGUACAGUAGUUAGCUGUAGAUGUAGCUGUCACCAAUGAUACCACCAAUGUAGUAAAAUAUCCAAAGCCGUCCUUUUCGACACUGGUUACGCAAUCAAACUUGCAUCCGACUAGGUUGGUGGUCAUGGAGUUAUACACAGACAAACGGUUCAUGUCGUAUCGAGUUUAAUUGUAUUUAGUUGCCGACCCGCGGUCAUGGAUAAUCAGUGCGUGUCAGGAAUAAUUUGUUUGCGAAAACUGCACUAACCUAAUGCGGCUUGAAC